UGGUAGUGCGCAUGCGCAGGAUGCGAUGGUUCCUGGUGCUGAUGUCACAUGACUCGAAGUUUCUCCUGUCGGGGGGGAAUCGCUAAAUUAUCCAGCACGUCAGCGUCUAUCUACGAUCAUGGCAGGCUGAGCUUCUAAGAACCAUGACGCUCCAAGCUUCUCGCAUGUCAGUGUUCACCUUCCAGUCCGCCGUGCACAGCAGCCAUGUUCUCCAGUGUCUGAAUGACCAGAGGCAGCAGGAUAUCCUUUGUGACGUGACGGUGGUGGUGGAGGACCGGAGCUUCAGAGCCCACUGCUCGCUCCUGGCCUCAUGCAGCGAAUAUUUUCACAGUCGGGUCGCCGGCGUCACCAGAAACAAUCCAGUUAUCAUCUUACCCAGCGAGGUGACUGUGGAAGGGUUUGAACCUCUGCUUCAAUUUGCCUACACAUCAAAGCUGCUGUUCACCAAAGAAAACAUUCAUGCUAUUCACACCAGCGCCGAGAUUCUAGGAUUUCACAACCUGGAGUCGGCCUGCUUUGAUUUCCUCAUCCCAAAGUUCUCCGAGGGUAAAAGAAGCUCACAGCAGGUCAGGCAUAGCGUUUGUUGUCAGAACUGGGAGCGCGGCGGCGGUUUUGGCUCCGGUGUAGAAAGCAGCCGUGCAGAAUCAUUUGAGUCGCACAGCUCAGUGGCUUCAGGAGGUGAUGAGCGAACGGCCCUCCCAUCAAGCUGCCCUCCGAGCGCACAGGGUCAGACCCACAGAGGAGAGGAACACUUUUGUUUUGAGGACUGUGGGCCACAAAUGACUUCCUUAUCUCUAGAGUUAGCAGCAAAAAGCGUGUGCCCCGUGUUGUCUCCGCCGUGCCCAGGCUCUAACCAAGCAGAUCCGUCCUCUCUCUACUGUGAUAAGGACGUUUUACAGAUGGGAGACGGAGAUGCGUGCAAUCAGAGCGAGCCGAGUUUGGCCAGCUGUGGUUGUGAGCUGUCAACAGCCGGGGAAGUGAACCCACCAGAAAUCCCCAAACCAGGAAGUGAAGAUAACGAAUGCAGCUGUGACCCCGCCUCGUGUCCUCUGAACAUGCUGAAGGUUGAGGUUUGCCCUGAGCAGGAACCUGCGUGUGACCUCCCAGACCCGGCCUUAUCCGUCCUGGGAGACGUAGCAGGAUGUCAGGAGCGAAGCCGCGUGGAGAGAGAGGUGGCUGAACAUCUGGCUAAGGGGUUCUGGUCUGACUUGUGUCCAGCUCAAGCUCCAGAGCCGUCUAUCGAUGCAACAAAUCAAAACAAUCUGGCUAAUGCCUCAGACUUCCACUGGCUCAGACAGCUGGACCUGAGUUCUAACGCAGGAGAUUGUCCCUUCCUCAGGGACCUCGGGACAGGUGAUGAUCCGGGCACACACGCCGACAGCUUCUCCCAAUCCGAGAAGAGUCCCUACAUGUCCUCCUCGUUAAACUCUGCAGAAGAAUCAGACAUGGACACAGAUGGAGACGCCGAGGCUAAUAACAAGAGAGCCGCAGAGAUUAAUCUCCCAUUUCCAGUGGAGCAGAUCUCAGAACUGAGCAGAAGUGCGUUCCAGCAGCUUCUGAAGAACCAUGACCUGACACAGGACCAGCUGGAGUUUGUCCAUGACGUCCGGCGGCGAAGCAAAAACCGCGUGGCGGCACAGCGCUGUCGGAAGAGAAAGCUUGACAGCAUUCACCAGCUGGAAUGUGAAAUCAAAAAAUUAAACAUGGAGAAAGAGCGGCUUCUGCAGGAGCGGAACGAGCUGGAGCAAAACCUGGAAGAGAUGCAGCAGAACCUUUACGGACUCUGCAAGAGUGUCAACAUCGAGUCCGCCUCUGAACACGACCACCUGCAGCUCCUGGCCAAACUUUCCUCAUCGGAAUUUCCCAUCUCAUCCCUGAACCUGGAGAAAAACAACGAGCCGUCGCUGAUGAAUCCUCCUUCAAAGCGUGAGGGAAGUGCGCCACCUUCAGUCUCCGUCCAAAGAGCAGAGCUGCAGGUCUGCACAGAGGACGCCGGCUGUCCUCUCCCUGCUGCUCUGCUCUCUCCCUGUUUAGAUGUGACCAACAUCCUUUAGGUUUCCAUUGCAGCAUUAUCUCAGAAUGAACAGAGCAAACGGUUCUUUCACGGUAAUCCUCUCUUCUUCACCUAAAUCAUUUUCAGUAAGAUGAAGGUGUUUUCCAUUCUUCUUUAUAACUUUUAUUUUUAUGAGGAAAACUCAAAAUUCAGUAUUUCAAAAGUAUUUACAAAGCAAGAAAUUCCUAUUAUAAUUUUCAAAUUCAUGUACAUUUUUUCCCCAGGGCUAAAUAACUUGACUGUAUUGUAAAUCGAACUGCACACAAAUGCAAACGCCUACUGUUGUCAUCUUCACCAACACUUUUAUUUCAGCACUAUGCUUUUCAUUUGAAUAAAUAUGCACAAAAAUAACUUUUUUUUUUACAGCUGACACUAAUUCUCAGCAUUAUUCAGAUGCAUUGUUUGAAGGUGGGGGAAUGGUUCCAGAGGUAAAAUAUUACAUAACAUGAAAAAGGACAUUAUUUGAUUUUGAAUGUGCCUUAUACAUCAGUAUAGUAUCAAGCACAGUUGCACAUUAACCCAGAACUAAUGUUGGUUGCAUUAUCUUACAUGUUGCUUCAUCUGCAUGUAAUUGUUUUUAUAAACUGUUUUGAUAAUUGCAGGAUGAAAUAAACAUUUAAUAUUU